AUGGCUCCCACAGAGAAAGAUUCCUAUGAUUUGGCCCGGAACUAUGGCCUUGAUAUUUCUAUGCCAGACGUCAACCUUGCUGUAUCGACAGCAGCUCAGAAAAUAUACGCCAAAAAGUGCAACAACCUCUACAAGGAGUUCCAGAAGAAGCUCUCCUUCCUCAUCAAGGAGGAGCAGGUAGUCCGCCGCGAUCUGAUGAAGCUGAAGAAAGAGAAGGCGGUGAACAGCCGAUAUUCCCUGUACAGAACAGAAGGGGCGGAUCUCUUCUCAAAGGCCUGUCAGAAACGUAAGACGUAUAGAGAGAAUAACCUGGCCACGAUAUCACCCCUCCUCGAGGACUGUUUCGACUUCACACCGUGUGGGAUCGACUCGGUGAUAGCAGAAGAGGAUGAGACUGAAGAACGGCCCAAAACUGCCCCCGGUGAUAGUUCUCAAUCGCCCGAGAAUAAAAUUGUAGUUGCUGAAGUAGAUUCCAUGCUGGAGGACAAUAGACCCAAAACUGCAGGGAUUGCACUAAAAGAAAAUAAAAGGACAUCAAAGACUGAUGUUAAAUCCAACAUCAUUAAACCUCGUGAAAGGAUUAACUCUGAACCCGAUCAUAAAGAUAGUAAAGGAAACGAAAGAAAGAGUUUUGAAGAUAUAAAACUGCCUGAACAGAAAAUUGCUCAAAUUGAUCGACUUUUGAAAUCUGCUAGUCAAGUGAGAUCCAUGCCCAUGGACAAUGAAAUGACGUCACUUCCUGAAUUGAAGGCGGAGGAGGAGACUGACAAGGACGAUGGAGAAGUUGAUGUUCAGACUGAACGAACAAGGGCAAGAAAAAUUACAAUUAAAGCGGAGAAAUUUCUUGAACUUGAAAGGGGCAAAACUACUGUGACUUUAAAAGACAAAGAGGGUGAAUUCAUUCUGAAACCCUUAAACAUAAAUUAUGAGCCAGACGAGGUGGAGGCUGUUUUCUUUGCAAAAGAUCCAACCCGAGAGAAAAUGGCUUUGGUACGUCAGAAAACGAGUUGGAAUUCACAAACAGUAGCUUCAGAUCUCAAAGUCAAUAACAGAAUGGCAAUUCAGAAAUCGUUAAUGGGAUUGAGUUCAAAGAAGACAACGGUGGCGGAAAUUUUCAACAAUGCAAGGGACAGGAGAACUCGCCAUUUUAGAAUUAUGCUUAAAAAUCCUUCUGUAAACGCCGAAAAUGAAGGAGCUGAAAAGGAGAGAAAGAAAUCGAUUAUUGUAGUACCCCCUGGUAUGACCAAGUGGAAUUCCCUUGCCGUUGCUACCAAGGAAUACUCGUCUUUGAAUUCCAAAGAAGAGAAACCACCCACUUCAACAGCUGUACAUCUCUACAAACACCAGAAAAAGCUUGUUUCCAAGCAGGACCCUAAACCUUCCACCAAACCUACCAGAACAACCGCGACAAGGCCCCAUGUAAAGUCGGAAUCCGAGUCGCCCGCGAAGCCAGAGAGUGUCCCUAUCAAACAACAGCUCCGGGUAACCAUCACUUCACCUAGUGGUGCAGACAAGAAUGUGCAACCACCAACAAAAAACAAUAAAAAGGGAAGCGAUGAUCAUUCUGAACUUUUCCAUCGAGUGAAACAUGUCCCAAAAGGACUAGACAAUAAACCGUUAAAUCGAUCUUCGACAUCAAUGUCACACCGAGAAGAAAUCCCACUUCAUCUCUCAGAUAGAGAUAUGACUGACAUGAUACGGAAAAUGGUGGAGGCAGAUAAUGAUACCCGAAGCGAAGCCCCGGAUGUUAAGAAAAGAAAAAGUGGAAAUCGAUUGCAAAAAUCUUCAACAGGCGACAAUUUAUCUGAAACAGAUUCUAUAUACUUCGGCAACGUACGGCGACUUCUGUCUAGCAACCAGGCUCGUCAGAUUAUUAAAGACCUCAAGAGGCGUGACCAGGAAUAUGAUGACGCGAUGCUUAACAUGAGACGAAGGGUCGCCAUUGGUGGCCAGGGCCACAACUUCAUGAGACGCCCCAACAGUGUGGCGGGUUUCAGAUAGGUCAGAAAUUUAGGAAAAGUCCUAACAGUGUGGCUGGUUUUAGAUAGUUCAGAAACUUCAGGAAAUGUAUCAACAACCUUUCAAGAUUCACGAGUCACA